AUUGUUUAUGGCCCGACUUCAAUUGUUCAUGCACCGGCUCCUAUUACUAGCAAAGAAAGAAAAGGAAUAUCGCAGCUGCCACUUGCUCGAGCCCUCCGCUGGAGGAAGGACAGAAAGUUAGUACGCACUGCUUGCACACUUCAUCGCACGACCCCAAUCCUCCUCCUCCUCCCCUCUCAUAAACACCUCCGCCUCCAUCCUCUCCACCCCUUCACGCUCAAUCCCCUCCACCACGCCCCUCAAUACCUCCUCACCCGCAACCUUCACCUCGGCACUCAGUCUCUCCGCCUGACUCGCAUACAUCCAAUCCUCCUUCAUCGGCGGAAACAACUCCUCAUACUCCCCCCGCGUCCACCCCCAUUUCACCACCACCCCUAUCGGCGUCGCCUCCAGCAGCGCCCUCAUCACCCUCCCCAGCCCCUCCGGCACCUCAUGCGUCCUUCCCUCGAAAAAAGACCAUACCGCCCUGCUCGUGCCCCGGCCAUACGCAAACACAACCUUCACCUCCGUCAGCGCCGGCAUAUAAUGCAACGCCCUAUACCCCGCCGCCACCGGCAUCUCAUCUCCCUCCCCCUCCCCGCCAUCCAAAUCCCCACCCAUCGGCAGAUCAAAAUACCGCCCCUGCUCCAUCCCACUCUCCUGCGUCAGAUCAAACAGUAACCCCAGCUUCCGAAUGCUCUCGAUAUCCCACUCAUGCACCGCCGUGUCUCGCGGCUCCGGCCGCCUUGACAACCGGUUAGUAACGUCGUGAAGCACGCGUUUAUAAGCUUUUCACCCUAUUCCGAUUCUGAUUCAUCCGUUGAGGUACCCCGACAGGCAUUGAAAAAUCUAAAAUCAAAUUGUAGGUCAACGCAAGGGAAAUCAGAGUACCUUUUGACUUGUUAGAAAC